AUGGUCCUUGGUAAAUUCGAAAGCGGUGGUGAUGGAAGCCUUUAUCGAUUGACGCUGCCGACCGUGGCCGUCGCCUUCAUAGGACUCGGUCGAGGAGGUAAGAGGAUCGUGCUCGAAGUUGUCGGGAGACCCGUAGCUGUGGCGUUGAUCAACGACCAAUCAAUACUGGAGAGGCCCCACGUCUCGGGUACCGAGGUCAUUGGCCCUGUCAGUGACUUGACACUCAGCAACAGCAUCGAGUGUCAGAUGGGCAGUCGAGGCUACAGAGGUCGGUUGUACGGGACGUCAACGCCGCUUUUAGAGCCUGGAGUCAGGGAGGCUGAGAUCAGCCUGUGCGUAUGGCAGUCUGAGGCUGCCUUAAGGUAG